UUAUCACAAAACUGCCAGUGUUGGGACAUCUUCUUGAAUUGAAACAGGUUUGGUCGGCUGCGAGAAACUCAAUGGAGAGAAGAUGGAAGAGAAAACAAAGGGCGGAAGUCACGGAUUCACUGAGGCCAGAUGAAGAAGCCACCCAGCAAGAGAAAAGAAGGGAGAGAAGACCUCCUCUCCUCGCCCUGACGUUUGUUAGAAAAGCUACGGGAGCGGAUUCCUCGAUCAGUGUCGAAGAGUUGUGCAAUCGGAUCUACGGUGGAGUGCUCAUGAAUGAUAAUAAACUGAAGUUCUGGGUUGACCAAGAUCUCGACAAGAAUUGCUUCUUGUUGCUGGCUAAAGAGUUAUCCAUCAUAUGGAUCGAUUCUCCGCAGUAUUGGGUUUGGAUCGACCAGAAGGAAAAAUGUUUCAGUGGUGAAGUAGGCAUACCCGCGGCAAAGCUGUUGGAAGUAUGCUGGCUAAAAAUUUCGGGCAAGUUUAAGACGAUCAUGCUCUCUCCGAAGACUACAUAUGAGGUCUCAUUCGUGGUGAAAAUCAGUGAAAAUAGCAGCGGGUGGCAUGCUCCGGUGAACCUAAACCUCACUCUACCGGAUGGAACCCCACUGGGACGCAUCGAGAAUUUGGAAGAGAAGGAGAAGGGUAAAUGGAUAGACAUCCCGGUCGGUACAUUCAUGACGAAUUCAAAGAAUGUUGGCGAGAUAAGCUUUUCCUUCUCCGAAACGGGUGGCCAUUGGAAAUCCGGACUCCUCGUCAAAGGUGUUGUCCUUCGACCGAAAGAUUAAGCAUCAAAUCUGUCAAAAAGUUUGAAUAUGCAACAUCACUUGGAAAAGGAAAUAGCGAAAGGUGUUGUCUACCAAAUUGAUAAGCAGUUAAUAAGUUUCUGCUGUUUUAUCAAGAUGAAAGUGCCUGGUGGAUGCGAUUUCUCUGAUAAAGGAACUUUCCGGUUUGUCUUAA